CGGAAAUUUACCAAAGGGAGCGCUCGGCCAAGGGGGCGGGGUAAGCCCGGCCCCCCCGGCGGUGCGAUUGGGCGGCGGGCGCUGACGCGCGGUGACGCGCGGGGGCUCGAGGCGCACGUUGGCUGUGGAGCGGGGAGCCCACAUAAACAAAGGCACAUUGCGGGGACGGGGCACUCCGCGCCUCGCUCGCCCGGCGCGACGCUGCCGCCGCUCUCCCGCCACAGCCCCGGCCCGGCCCGCCGCCGCCUGUCGCGACGUGUCGCGUCCUGUCGCGCCGUGUCGCGUCCCGCCGUGUCCUGUCGCGCCGUGUCCCGCCGCGUCCCGGCACUUGGAUGCAUGCACAGGUCUCCGCUCUCCGCCAGGGCGCCGGGCAGGCUGGGCUCCGCCUCCGUCCUCUAAAACCGCGGAAACUUUGCUCCCCGCUGACCGCCGACGCUGUCCGCCUUCAGCCCCCCCGAAAACGCCUCUCACUCGGCUGAAGCCAUGCCCUGUGUUCAGGCUCAGUAUGGGUCCUCGCCUCAAGGAGCCAGCCCGGCCUCCCAGAGCUACAGUUACCACUCUUCGGGAGAAUACAGCUCCGAUUUCUUAACUCCGGAGUUUGUCAAGUUUAGCAUGGACCUCACCAACACUGAAAUCACUGCCACCACUUCUCUCCCCAGCUUCAGUACCUUUAUGGACAACUACAACACAAGCUACGACGUGAAGCCACCUUGCUUGUACCAAAUGCCCCUGUCCGGACAGCAGUCCUCCAUUAAGGUGGAAGACAUUCAGAUGCACGGCUACCAGCAGCACGGCCACCUCCCCCCCCAGUCCGAGGAGAUGAUGUCCCACUCAGGCUCCGUGUACUACAAGCCCUCGUCGCCCCCGACCCCCUCCACGCCCGGCUUCCAGGUGCAGCACGGCCCCGUGUGGGACGACCCCGGCUCCCUGCACAACUUCCACCCCAACUACGUGGCCACCACGCACAUGAUCGAGCAGCGCAAAACGCCCGUCUCCCGCCUCUCCCUCUUCUCCUUCAAGCAGUCGCCCCCCGGCACCCCCGUCUCCAGCUGCCAGAUGCGCUUCGACGGGCCCCUCCACGUCCCCAUGAACCCCGAGCCGGCCGGCGCCCACCACGCCGUGGACGGGCAGGCCUUCGCCGUCCCCAACCCCAUCCGCAAGCAGCCCUCCAUGGCCUUCCCCGGGCUGCAGCUGGGCCACGCUCCGCAGCUGCUGGACAGCCAGGUGCCCUCGCCGCCCUCGCGGGGGUCCCCCUCCAACGAGGGGCUCUGCGCCGUCUGCGGGGACAACGCGGCCUGCCAGCACUACGGCGUGCGCACCUGCGAGGGCUGCAAGGGCUUCUUCAAGCGCACGGUGCAGAAGAACGCCAAGUACGUCUGCCUGGCCAACAAGAACUGCCCGGUGGACAAGCGCCGCCGAAACCGCUGCCAGUACUGCCGCUUCCAGAAGUGCCUGGCCGUCGGCAUGGUCAAGGAGGUGGUGCGCACAGACAGCCUAAAAGGCCGGAGGGGUCGCUUGCCAUCCAAACCGAAGAGCCCCCAGGAGCCCUCUCCCCCCUCUCCCCCGGUGAGUCUGAUCAGUGCGCUGGUGAGAGCCCAUGUCGACUCCAACCCGGCUAUGACCAGCCUGGACUAUUCCAGGUUCCAGGCUAACCCCGACUACCAGAUGAGCGGAGACGACACUCAGCACAUCCAGCAGUUCUAUGAUCUCCUGACCGGCUCCAUGGAGAUCAUCCGAGGCUGGGCGGAAAAAAUCCCCGGCUUCACCGACCUUCCUAAAACGGACCAGGACCUGCUCUUCGAAUCCGCCUUCCUGGAGCUGUUUGUGCUGCGGCUGGCGUACAGGUCAAAUCCAGUGGAGGGCAAGCUUAUCUUCUGCAACGGGGUAGUCCUGCACCGGUUGCAGUGCGUCCGCGGCUUUGGGGAGUGGAUCGAUUCCAUCGUUGAAUUUUCCUCCAACUUGCAAAACAUGAACAUCGAUAUCUCUGCCUUCUCCUGCAUCGCUGCCCUGGCUAUGGUCACAGAGAGGCACGGGCUGAAGGAACCCAAGAGGGUGGAAGAACUUCAAAACAAGAUUGUAAAUUGUCUCAAAGACCAUGUGACUUUCAAUAACGGGGGGCUGAAUCGCCCCAACUAUUUGUCCAAACUCUUGGGGAAGCUCCCUGAACUCCGCACGCUUUGCACGCAGGGCCUGCAGCGCAUUUUCUACCUGAAACUGGAAGAUUUGGUGCCACCGCCAGCAAUAAUCGACAAACUUUUUCUGGACACUUUACCUUUUUAAGACUCUUCCCGUGCGCUUCCGCUGAACUGAAGAGAAACUUCACCUGUCUGAAGGGGAAUUCGGCUGGGCCCAGAGCAGCACCCCUGGGUGCCAGCUCCUCACCCAAACCAGUGUUGCUCACCUCCCGAGGGCACAACGUGAACGGGCAUUUUGGCUCUGGGGCAUCAAGGAUGCAGAUCAUGGACUACACAAUACCAUGGUAUAUAACUUUUUAUUAUCAGCUUAUAAAUGAAUUUAUUAUUAAGGACUUCUGAUUAGAAAGAUGACCAUAUCUGGCAACGCCGGGUGCGCAGCUAAGACUCGUACGGUGACAAACAAAGCGUUAAGGUGACCCACAAGUCUCACCCUCCUAAAGACUAAAGUUUUCUGCUGUAAAAGAAAGCUGUAAUAUAUCCGAAACCUAAAUGUUGCCGUGGGUGGCAUGUCAGUAAAGAAGGCGAAGGCUUGUAAAUUUGUCAGAUGCAGUUUGGCUUUUAAAAAUUAUUCUGUGCCUAUUUAUGACGAAAUAUGGAAAACAAUUCUAAAAAAAAUCAUUAAUGAAAGCUAAACGUGUUUGCAAAAAAAAAAAAAAAAAGUAUAAAGAGAAAGAAAAA